UGCAGUAUUCAGGAUCUGUGAUAGCGGGCUGAACAUCGUGCGAGUUCACAGUGUUCAAGUGCCACCAGGCCCUUGCAUAGAUCCACGGGAACUGGUCGUUUCACAGCAGCCCACGAGAACCUAUGGACAACAUUAUUCCAUCGAGGCCAUGACGAAUAAGGCCCAAAAGGAGAGAGAACAAGUGCCGCCACAUCUAUAUUCAACAUUUCAAACUCGUACACCCAGUCAGACAAGUGAAACUUUUCUGCAAAGACUUCACCUUGGAGCCGUGGAUGAGGGGAGUGUAGUCGAGAAAAAGUUGUCCUCACCUCAGACAGAAGCUACGGUACAAGACCAAUCCUUGUUGGUCGAACCUACUGGUCAGCAUGCUUCGGCGCUACAUAGAUUAAUUGACGACGAUAACUACGAAAAACGAAUUGGUCUGCUUCUAAUUCUCGGCAUUCUGAGCUACGAAAGAUCUGGUAUAUGCCUCGAAGCUGUGACUGUACAUACUGAUGAUAAUCUGACAUUGGCGCUCCCAAUGUCUGAAAAUGAGGAUUCUUGGCACGGAAAUGGAGAGAAACCGUACGAGCAAGAAUACCAUCCAGGGAAGACCUCACAUAAGGGUUACGGGCCGCAAGAUGAGAUACUACGCAAAAUGCUGGUGGACAUGGUCUUGAACCCUGAUAUCGAGGAGGAUAUGUGGUACCAAGCAGUAGGAGAUCUGCUCGUGCUCGAGGAAUGCAGGAAGGCUGCAAUGCCACCGAGUCUUAGGUAUGGAAGAGAAGAGGAAGAAUGGCUUCGCAUUUUCGGCAACUUUUAACUCACUCCACCAAGCUCAAAGUAAAAUUCAAGUUUCAGACAAUGG